AUAUGGAUUUCCGAUCGAGACGUCGCCUCAGGCGCUCGCCGCCGCCGCGUGGUCCGGGCGGAGAUGACCUCAUCAGCGCGCUCCCCGACGACAUGCUGCUCCAGAUCCUCUUGUGCCUGCGCUGCACCCGCGCCGCCGCGUGCACCGGCGUCCUCUCGCGCAGAUGGCGCGGCCUCUGGGCCCGCCUCCCCGGUCUCACCUUCCGCGACGUCCCGGCCGCCGUGGUCAAAGCGGCGCUCGGCUGCGUCCCUCGCCGUACAUCCAUGUCCCUUCUCGACGUCCGUCUCAUGAGGAGUGUGUCCAAGGCGUCGCGCAAGCUCGACGACGCCCACGCCAAGAUGCUGCUGCGCGCCGCCGAGCGGCUCUCACCCGAGGAGCUGGUCUUCAUCCUUCCGCGGGAAAUCGUGUUCAAGCCAGGCCCUCCCGUCAGCAUCGUCAUGCCUUGCUUUCGCCGAGCCACCUCCAUUGAGUUGGACACGGGUUUCCUUUGUGUCAAGCCGCCGCAGGCGGGCGGCAAGCUCCCUGCGCUCGAGAGGCUGUCUCUCUCCGGCAACAUUGUCGACAUUGGCGCCUUCCUCGACCGCUGCCCGCGGUUGCGCCUGCUCAGGGUCACCUUCCGUGAGGUCGAGGCCAGAUCGCUCCAAGCCGCGCUUGCCACACUCGAGUCCGCUGUGGCGCUCGGCCUCACGGUGUCCCUUCUUGGCCUCGAAUGCGACCAAAUUAAGAAUUGGAGGCGCAGUGUUAGUGGCGUUAGCGUUGCCUCCCUUCUCUGCGCCGCAGCGAGGCUCUCUCCGCAGGAACUCAUCUUCACUAACAACUCCUUCAAACACAUUUUUGCGAACCUGCCCUCAUUCCACCGUGCCACGUCGGCAGAGAUGGAGUUGCGCACCUUCCGUUUCACACAACUACCGGCCAGAGACUUCUCAGCUCUCGAGAGGUUGUGCCUCAGGGGAUGCACCAUCGUAAACCUUGUCACAAUGCUCGCCCUCUGUCCGCGCCUGCGCGUGCUCAAGGUGAUGGCAGAUAGGUCCGCGCGUGAUGUUAAAAUCAACUCGGAGUCACUGCAGGAGCUUGAUCUUAGUGUCUACGGAGUAGUCAAAUGUCAAGGCCUCCAAAUCAUGACGCCGCUACUUAAGCAACUGAAGCUCAAAGUUUGUUCCAACCCAGACCUUAGGGUGUCCAUCUCAACCCCAAUGGUGGAGAAGGUCUCAUGGUUGCUUACAUAUAGCACUGAGUCGUCGCUUAUUUUUGGUUUUUGGUCGCUUCAGAGCAUGAGAUUACAGACGAUAGGGAGCUAUAAAUACAAUGAUGGGGUGAGCAGCAACCAAGAGGAAGAUGCAUGUUUGCGCCCCCCAGGCUGCAAUGUCCUUUCUUUGUACAUAUCUGCUUAUCUCUAUGAUCGUUUGGGUGCAGCAAUGGACUUUGCGCCCGAGAUGGAGAAACUUCCAGUUGCCAACUUUACUGUGUUGGAGCUACAUCUCAACGCAAUGGGACAUGUUUUAGGAGGACUUCUCCGGCAUCUCCUUAUGAUGCAUCAAAUCCAGACUGCUACACAAAGGCUUAAGGUUUUCCUAUGGGACUGGUCCAGGGCAAAUUGUCUUGAAAACUGUCCUUGUGACGAGCCCAAGAACUGGAGGAGCCAAAGUAUCUCCUUGACUCGUCUCGAAGAAGUGGAAAUCAACAACUUCAGAGGAAGGGACCGUGAGAUGGAUCUCGUGACAGUGGCAUUGAGAUGGGCACCAAGGCUUAAAACAAUGACCAUCAAGCUAGCUGAUGAGACAGGCAUCGAACGUUGCGCCACAAAUAUCUACAACAUUUGUUUGGCGUAUCCUUCUGUUAAUUGCUCUGUUUAUUGCCACUCCGGUCGGCUAGUUUAGCGUGCGUGCAGACAAUUGCCGUGCUCCUAGAUGCAAGGAGGUCGUGAGUCGUGACGGAGUGGUUAUGGGCAUGAUUAGAAUCAUGUGGGCUUUGUUUGCUUUCAAGAUUGAGACAGACUUAAGUGCAACAAUAAUCUUUUCCAUGAGGCGAUCCAAGCUGUAUACUACGGACUCGUCUCAUGUUUAAUAUUUCGAACGUGUAAUAUUCCAAUGAAUGUUUUCUGUAUGGGAGGUGCUACUACUUGUGA